GCCCGCGUCCGGUUCCGUAGAGGGGGGGGUGGAGGGGUCAAAGAUACGCAGAGAGAAACGGGCUGCUGGUGGCGAAGAUGGCGGAUGGGGACAGUGGCAGUGAGCGCGGUGGCAGCAGCGGCGGCGGAGGGGGAGGAGGCAGCGGGUUUCAGCACUACCAGCGGGAACCGGAGACCCAGGAGCUGGCCUCGAAGCGGCUGGACAUUCAGAACAAACGCUUCUACCUUGACGUGAAGCAGAACGCCAAAGGCCGGUUCAUCAAAAUCGCCGAGGUCGGAGCCGGGGGCUCCAAAAGUCGGCUGACCCUCUCCAUGUCAGUGGCGGCGGAGUUCCGCGACUACCUGGGGGAUUUCAUAGAGCACUACGCCCAACUUGGGCCUAGUACCCCGGAGCAGAUUGCUCAGUCAUCCGGCGGGGAUGACACCGGGCCUAGACGGGCCUUGAAGAGCGAGUUCCUGGUGCGUGAGAACCGCAAAUACUACCUCGACCUGAAGGAGAACCAGCGGGGUCGGUUUCUCCGGAUCCGACAGACCGUCAACCGAGGCCCCGGCUUCGGCGUCGGAGUGGGUGGCAUCCCCGGGGCGGGCCUGCAGGCCGGACAAACCAUCGCCCUCCCGGCCCAAGGCUUAAUAGAGUUCCGCGACGCCUUGGCCAAGUUGAUAGAUGACUACGGGGGAGACGAGGAGGAGCUGGCCGGGGGCGGAGGAGGAGCCGGGGGCUACAGCGAGCUACCGGAGGGCACCUCCAUCAUGGUGGACUCCAAGCGGUUCUUCUUUGACGUCGGAUCCAACAAGUACGGAGUUUUCUUACGGGUGAGCGAGGUGAAGCCCAGCUACAGGAACUCUAUCACGAUCCCCUUCAAGGCGUGGAGCAAGUUCGGGGGAGCCUUCUCCAGAUACGCCGAGGAGAUGAAGGAGAUCCAGGAGAGGCACCGGGAUAAGAUGUACGAGAGGAGAACCGGAGAGGAGUCGGAGGGCGACGACGUGGACGACGAUUGACCGGAGAGAGGAUGGAGGAGAUGGAGAUGGAGGAGGAGGAGGAGGAGGAGGAGGUGGCUGUAUGUGAUGAAGCUGACAACACGAUGCAAAGCCUAGAGAUAAACAGAGGAAGAGGAACAGUGCAUGACAAGAACUUUUUUUAAAAACAAACAACAACAAAAAAAAAGCUAAAACAACGGAGUAAACUUAAAAAAAGAAAAAAAGAAAAGAGAAGAAGAAGAAGUAUAUUUGACUGAGAAAUAACUUGUCUAUAUAAGAGAAUCAUGUUCUAAAGUUUAGGUGGAUGUUCUAGCUAACUGAGUGCGGACUGCAAGUAGUCGGCUCCUGUAAGAGAUUCCCAUUGAUUUAAAAAAGGAAAAAAGAAAAAAGAAAAUAUCUAUGUAUAUACAUAGAUAUACAUGGAUUGGUUGUUAAUUUUUCCAGAUGUAGCCCAGCAAAUUAAGUUUGAGCGACAGUGGGUCACCACUUCCUGGUUGGGGUCCAGUGGUGAGAGCUCACCUGGUGCUGACCUGUAGUUCUGUGUGAUGACAAAUAAGGAUCAAACCAGGAGGAGGAGGAGGAGGCGGCGCAGGGAGGGAG